AUGGCCUCGGAGCCAGCGCUGGAUGCUGAUGCCAGCAGGAGAGGCCUCAAGAAGCCGUGCUCAUUCAGCAUCGAGGACAUCCUCUCCAGCCCGGCGGAGAAAAACCCCCAGGUACUGAUCCCGCUGUGCCUCCGGAGCAUCUUGGACUGUGCACCCAAGGGGCUGUGUGAGCUGGAGACCAUCCCGGGCAGCUCCCUGCAGGAGGAGGUGGAGGAGGAGGAGGAAGAGCUGGAAGGGGCAGGCUGCAACUGCUGCUGCUGUUCUCAUACCAGUGCCCAUCCCCUGCAGGACCCGCCAAGUUGGCUGGAUGCCCGGUUUCCUUGGCCCAUGCGGCUCUUCCACUCAGCAGUCAGGGUCUGUAAGAGUCCCCAGGGGAACCCAAGCGAGCUGCAGACUUUCCACCAGAUCCAGCGUCGAACACGCCGGCAUCGCACCAUAUUCACUGAGGACCAGCUGCAGGCGCUGGAGACACUUUUCCAUCAGAACCAGUACCCGGACGUCAUCACCCGCGAGCACCUGGCAAACCGCAUUCACUUGAAGGAGGAGAGGGUAGAGGUUUGGUUUAAAAACCGUCGGGCCAAGUGGCGGCAUCAGAAGAGGGCGUCUGCUUCAGCGCUGAUCCUUCAAGGCACCAAGAAGCCCUCCGAGGACAGCUGUUAG